AUGGCGAAUCCGGUCAAAUAUACCCCUCCUCCGACGCCCCCGUCACCUUCGGCGUCGUAUUAUGACCUAAGUGAUGAUGAUGAGGAUGAGUACAACACGAUCGCACAUGCCCGCACCGGCCGGGGCGUGAAGCUUCUCUAUUCCAAGAGCAAGGUCUAUGUACAUCCAUCGUCCUCUGCGAAGGAUAACAUUCCGGGCUUCAUUGCCCUCAUCCAACAAAAGCCCCAAUCCGGCCCCUCCCUCUCUACGUCAAAACCCAACGAAGCCGCCUCAUUCUUGCUGGCCUGGGUGCCCGAAUCAUCGCUUGGUGAUGCAUACAGUACAUAUGUCAAAGUAGAUCUGUCAGAUGACUCCUCUCCGCCACGUCAGAGAUAUCUCGUUCCAGCCCUCCCGACCACCACCUCAUAUAAAGAUCCCAUCGGUCUGUACUCUUUCGCAGUACCCGUGUCUGAAAUCUAUUCAGUCUUGGUGCGCCCCCCGAGCCUCGGAUGGUGGUUCGGAAGUUUGGUGAUCAAUACACGUGCAGGCGAUAGCUUUCCGGCUCUUUUCUUCCACGAUAGCGAGUGCGAGUCAACUAUCUUACAAAAAAAGAAGCGGGUCAAGGACAGCUUUGAUCCUUUUGAUAGCCAGGGAGGUCUGUUCUGGGGUGGCGAUGAAGUUCUCCGGUGGUUGCAGAGAUACGUGGAGGUCGAGCGUUCGGCUGUGGACAAGAAUGUGUACCUGAUCAACCCUUCCCACGAAGAUCAGCUUUCAUUUGGGAGAGGUCUGUCUAGUAGCGAUGCAUUCUUGCCAACAAAAGCACAGCCGGAAGCCGCUGCUGCGGGUCCGAGUGCUGCAAAUGGAGAUGCCAGCAUGGAUCCUUUCACGAGGACCCUCAAAGAGACUCGGUGGAAGGUCCUGGAGCAACUGAGCAAAAUCACGACAUUUACUCGCCGAACUGCAAAUGACCUCGCUGAUAAUCCGAGGAUUCCGGUGCAGGUACGGCGUCUGAUGAAAAAUCCAGAGAUCCAAACUCUCCAGGAUGAAUUCGACAGCGCUAGGAUCUAUCUGGCUCGUUGGGCAAUGAGUAUUUCCGAGCAAAGCGAGAAAGAAAAGAAUCAGCGGAUCUAUACCGCACAAGACAUGCUUGAGUCGGAGAAUAGCUCCGUCGGCGAAUUCGAGAUCCUGGAACUCGAGACCGGCAAUCUAGGGCUCCAGGAGCGGCGACGUACGCUCACGCUUUCCGAGUGGGAGGGUUUCUUUGACCCAACAUCUGGAAGGUUGCAGCUUACUGUCGAGGAGGUCAAGGAGCGUAUCUUCCAUGGCGGGCUAGAUCCCAAUGACGGUGCACGGAAAGAAGCAUGGCUUUACCUUCUGGAGGUCUUUCCUUGGGAGAGUAAUCACGAGGAGCGCCAGGCCAUCAUGAAUUCAAAGCGUGAUGAGUACAUUCGGUUAAAGGCCGGCUGGUGGGAACGAAUGGUUGAAGGCAACUCGACCGCAGAAGAAUAUGACAACUGGAAAGAGCAGCGAAACCGCAUAGAGAAGGAUGUUCACCGCACAGAUCGGACCAUUCCGCUGUUUGCCGGAGAAGAUAUUCCUCAUCCUGAUCCAGAUUCCCCAUUCGCUGAUGUCGGCACCAAUGUUCAUCUAGAGCAGAUGAAAGACAUGCUCUUGACAUACAAUGAAUAUAACCCUGAUCUGGGCUACGUUCAAGGAAUGAGCGAUCUUCUUGCCCCACUUUACGCAGUCAUGCAGGAUGAUGCCGUGGCCUUUUGGGCAUUUGUGGGCUUCAUGGAUCGAAUGGAACACAACUUCCUUCGAGAUCAAUCAGGAAUGCGCUCUCAACUAUUAGCACUUGAUCACCUCGUUCAACUUAUGGACCCUCAACUCUAUCUGCAUUUACAAUCGGCCGAUAGCACCAACUUCUUCUUCUUCUUCCGCAUGCUGCUAGUCUGGUACAAGCGCGAGUUCGAAUGGAGCGACGUUCUUCGUCUGUGGGAGACCUUGUGGACAGACUAUUAUACAAGCAGCUUCCAUCUCUUCAUUGCCCUAGCCAUCCUCGAGAAACACCGUGAUGUCAUCAUGGACCACUUGAAGCACUUUGACGAAGUAUUGAAAUACAUUAACGAAUUAUCCAACACAAUGGAACUACUCCCCAUCCUCACCCGCGCCGAAUCACUCUUCCGUCGAUUCGAGCGCUCCGUCCAAGCCAUCGACAAAAAAGAUAACUUCCCCUCUGCCCCCUCCGCCACCCAGCGGCGGACUUCGGGCGUGAACAGCCCGGCUCCAGGGAAGGGCAAGGCUCCGCAAAACCAGGCGAUUGGGACCUCAAGCGGUGCGAACGCGGGCUCUUCGGCUCUGCAGAAAAUGAUGGAUUCCGAUAAGCCGAAGGUUAUUUCGCCGGAGCUGCGUGAGUUGCUUAGGAAGGACAUCCCUUGGAGGCGUCAGCAUCAAUCAUAG